GUUCAUUUUAUUCACCUCAAUCCAUAACAUUUUACUCAACAACAAUAGCAACAAUUCCAGAAAAUAACAAGAAAAUGGCGGAGCUUUUGGGUGGCCGAUCGGAGUCCAAUCUGGAGGGUCCCACUCACGGGAUCAGAUCCGGAUCAUUCCCCUCACUGCUGCCCAAAAACUUCUCUUGAUUGAGAAAAUACCAACAGAAAAGGGAGCAACAGAUGACUGAAAACUGGAAGAGGCCGGUGGAUUCCAAGGGCUGCCCGGUUGCUGUAAGAUGAAAAAGAUGCUCUGCGGCUGUGGAUUGAUGUGUACGAAGAAGCUGGAGAGGCGGACAAGAAGACUGCGGAUCUGUCCUGCUACUUCUGAUGCAAGAAACGCGAGGAGGUCGGAGGAGAAGAUGAUCGGAGACACAAAGGGAGGUUGCGCUGCUAUCAGGAAAGAUGAUGGUGACGGUGGCUGAAAUUGGGGUUCCAGAAGGGAGAAGAAUCGGGACCUUUUCUCUCUUUCUUUUUGUCUGCCGCCCCCUUCUCUCCAAAAUCUGCUCACCCUUUGUGCGGCGGUUGUCCCCUCCAAAAAAUGCUUCCCACCCUG